AUGUUAACAAAUAAAUACAAGGUAAUUUCUAACCCAUCUAUUAGGAAGAGCCAUAAUUUAGAGGAGAAUUUUAAGGAAAUUUUUUAUUCGAGUUGAUUCUAUUCAUAAUUUCCUUACAUAUUUUUUUUUUACCUAUUAAAAACUUUGAUCUAUUGCAAUUGAUAUUUAAUAUAUAUUUGUUAGAGAAUAUAUUAUAACUUAUAAAGAUAUUGAGUCGAUUAUAAAGUUUCUAAAUUUUUGUUUAGAAAAUCUCUGCAAAAAGAAAAUUUAAGUCUAAGAAAUUCAAAUGGACUCAUUUUGCCAAUUUAAAAAUCAUUAGACCAACUUUCAAAGUUGUAUAAAGAACCAUAUCUGGAAUAGUUUUGUUUCAAAAAAAAACCUUCAAAGUAUCUUUAAAUUUAUAGAAAAGCAAAUAUAUUGCAAAACAUUAUAGGAAUUAUGGCUAAGGUAUAAUGAUUCUAUAAUUCUAGCUUUAAUGUUUAAAUGA